AUGAUGGGGCUUCCUGGUGGCCCGUCCGUGCUGUCGAAUUAUGCAACCUUUCCCUCGUAUUCACUGUGGUUAUCGGCCCUACCACCUUUAUUGCCAAGCAUACCUUCGGUCUAUGUUCCACCAUUUUCCAUUAGCACCAAUUCUCCCACAACAAGUUCAACAGGCCCUCCUACGUUUCCAAGGGUCCCACCUCAGUCGCUGGGUACAGUGCAUACCACUUCGCAGUACACGGAGUCCUCUGAAUCUGAACCCAAUACUGUAACCCAAGGAGAAGCCAGCACAUCCAUGGUAACUACUUCAAAUGACGCAGCACCUAUCAUAUCUAGUUAUCUAGCUCCUUCAUCCAACGCGAUUUCACUGUCUACUUCACAAACCACUGCGAGUUCCACAAGCGACAACACUGCCUCGAACAGUCCGGUUGUGGCCUCUGUCACCUUAACUCGAACACAGGUUUCUACCAUUGUGGCUACCGAUGCGUCUGGGACUUUUACAUCCCUGGAGUCUUACAUAAUCGGGAGUGUUGUCGAAUCAACCAUAUGGACAGACGCUAGCAUCCCCUCCUCGUCGAGUGCUGGUAUCAGCUCAGAAGAGUCUGUGUCUCAUAGUCAACCAAACACGCCGAAGAUUCUCGCUGGCGUUUUUGGUGCUCUAGGCAUCGUCUUCCUACUUAUCGGCCUCUUGUUAUUGCAGCGCUAUCGCCGUCGUCACCGCACGCAGCAAUUCCACGACAGCUGGUUUGAUCACACACAGCGCCCCGAUUCGACGAUGUCCACGGUCUUCUUUGCUUCUCCGCCCGACUUGAUGCGCCGCCCGCUUUCGAGCUCGCCUGGCUCCACGACAAGCGCGAGCGAUAGUGGAUUCCUCACAGCGGAAGAGGGGAUGGACGAGGGCAAGUCUCUUGCUGCAAAUGCGCUUGCACUGACGAUUGCUUGGCCCGGAGGACAGUCGGUGUCGCGCAUGUCGGCUCAAUCGCUCCUACCGAGCCCAUACGAGAGGUCUAGUAUUCCGGUGAGGAACGGUAGAACUAUACUAUCUGUAAUUCAGGAGACCGGGAUGAGCGAUGCUGGAGAUAGUAAUUUGGAGGCUGGGGCCGGAUCCUGA